CAGGUCAAAAGAAACAUUCAAUUUUCAGAGGACAUGCGAGACUGGCAAUGGUAUUUGGUAAGUUCACUUAUGAGGAUUCUAACCAAAAAGAGUUCCUAAUUUUCAUGAUUUAAAAUUUUUUAAGCAACAUCAAUUUUAGACCUAAAACAAAAUUUGAUCCAGUCCUUUCCCAAGGUUGCGGUCGCCAACACAACACGAUUUUGUUAUCAUUUCAAUAAACCUUCCAAGAAAAAGAACUGACAAAAAUCCAAAAUCUUCAUAUUUUUACAUAUACAUUAUUUAAAAGAUUUAUCUGUCGUUCUUCGCAAUAAUAGCUGACAUUGGCCUUCAAACUUUGUCAAGUGACCGGUAGUGUGUUCAAAAGGUUGAUUAACAUUCAUGAAAUUCGCAUACAUUCAGGUUUUUUAUGAAAUGGUUGCCUUUUUGCGCUUAAUAUGUGUUCUGAACGUAUAUUUCGCUCAAAAGUUGCUCUAAAAGGCACAAAUUGAUCGAGGUUGCUAGAACCGCAAAAGUUGCUCAAGAGUCGCCGCGCAGAAUCGGCACAGGCCCAGAAGCUAGGGACUGGAGAAAACUCGCAAUAUUUACUGUCUAUUUCUAGUUGUUAUGGACCUCAAUUGGAGUUGCCACUGAAUUGAAGAAUAAUAUGCGAUGCUUAUACAGCGCAAUUUCUUUAUAGAAAGACACUAGAGUUUCAAUGGAUGUCGAGUCCGCUUGGGAUGCUGGGUAUACAGGCAAAGGAGUCCUUGUGGCUGUUGUGGACGACGGAGUUAACAUGAAUCAUCCCGACCUAAGAUCUAACUUUGUAAGUACUUAUUUUUUUACCUAUUGUGGCCAAACGGUGCUGAGUCAAUGCUUACUUGCUUACCGCAUAGUUAGGGAACUACGGUCAAUAUCCAGCAUCCUAGCGAGGAGCGAGGAUAUUUUAGAAAUGGCGUGCACUUAUUUUUCCUCAUAAAAUAGACAAGACUGAGGUUACUAGUAACCUUACCUUAUACCUUUCACCCUUUAUCAUCAAAAACAAAACUAAAUUCGCUUGCUAGAGAGGGUAUAUUUUCUUCAUAUGUUGUAAUUCAAUUUUUCAGUGAGGGGAACGUAUUUGUGGCUCCUCAGUUUUGCAAUGCGCAUCCUGUACUGCACAUAAAAGUCACGUUAUUGGGCGUAUGUUCGCGCGCGCACUCCGAGAAAACGGAAUUGUUCUUUAAUAAAUGUACCAAGUAAAUAGGUACCAUGGUCUUCCGCUCUUGAGAUUUUCUGAUCUACCUAUCAAUUCUUUUUGAAUUGUUGUUAUGAAAAAACCCUUACUUCCAGCUACCGCAAAAUGUACCUUGAAGCUAAAAAAUGGGGUAAGUUUGGUUCAUCAUAUCUCUUGAAGAAGCACGGUGACUUGUCGUUUUUAUUGUAUUUUUUGAAACAGACAUUGGUAGGCAACAUUUAAGGAAGGUUUAAAAAUUAUUCGAUAACCCUGAGGAAUCACCUUAACAACCACAUAUUUCGACUACGUAGGACUUUCAACACAACAAACUUCGAAGGUGACUAUGUUAAGAUAAUUGUUCAAUCGUCAAUCGAAACAACUCCUUUCAAAUUUUUAUUCAAACAGAAAAAAGAUGUAAGUUAUGACUUCACGAAGAACCUCACUAUAGACGAAUAUCACAGUCCCGGCAGGUAUGUCCCCUUAAUCCUGUCUUUUCUAAUCUCAGAAACACCUUAUUGAUUAAAUAUCGCUAGUGGUUACCUUUGAGUUAAGACGUUCUCUCAAAACAGUGUCAAACACAUAAAUUGUGAAACUACAACAGUUUAUACCUUCUACUAUCUUGUAUUGAUGCAGCCUGUUUCGAUAUUUUCGAAAUAACAGUUAUGGUAGUAGAGACAGUGUGUCUGAAUUAAGACCUUGACAGCGAAAAAUCUGCUCAAUCAAAAUCAUUGAGAAUUUUUUGGGUCAACGUUGAAAGAUGAUUCAGAGAAUUAUAAUUAAUUAAUUGUUACGUUUUAUUUGUCGAGUGCAGUUUUAAACAUUUAAACUUUUCUUCUUUCGUUCUAUUAUCACAUGGGUAUAGUUAUGAUAUGAUAAUUUUCCUUUUUGUCAACAAAGUCAUGGAACAAACUGUGCUGGAAUUAUUGCUGGUGAAAACAAUUCAAAUUGUGGAGUGGGAAUUGCCUAUAAUGUAGGAAUUGCAAGUAAGAACAAAAUUUUGACGUUAUCUUAAACGGUUACUUAGUAUUAUGUUUGGAAUCAAAACCGUAAAUUAACUCCCGGAAGAGAUUUUAAAAUACCUUUACUCCUCGUAAUAACAAUUCAUCUAUGGCAAACAGCUUAACGAAUCAAGGGGUAUAAUUUUUUUCGCGUUGAAGUUUUUGCUGGGCUUAUGCAUUUACGCUACGGUAAGCAAAUUAUGGGAGGCGAUUGCGCAGCACUUUAUGCAAACUACGAAAAUAGGAUAACUUUCGUAGCGCGAAAUUCGAUUGCCCUAAAAUUUGGUAGAUGAAUCUGACAACGUCAGUGAUGUGAUUGAAUACACGUAACCUGUUGAGCAAAAAAAAAAGGAAGAAACUAGCAGAACAUGAAAUCUCACCUCCUGCUAUCACUCAAAAGGAUGAAUAGGUAUCAAUUAGAUGUCGGUUUGUGUAAACACAAAAAAAAUUGUGGGAGGAGAUUAUUCAGUUUUUCUUGCUUACGAAGCGCGAAAUUUAAAUAUACUGUACUCGGAUUGAACAGUCGAGUCGAAUGGGAGAAAUUGACGAGCAUGUGCGACUAUUUCCACUCGCUCAUUGUUUUUUUUUAACUCCUUUCUUUGAAUUGAAAUACGGAAAGAGAAAGAUACCCGUAAAACUACAUGAAUUAACGACGCGCGAGGCUUCGGACGUUAUCACCAGGUUUAAAUCACACGCUAGAGGAAGGAGAAUAUGAACCUUUUUGUGCACAUCAGGAACAAAAUCUCAUUCACGCAGCGCGAAAUUUAAAUAUCCGUACAUUAAACAAUCGAGCAAAUGAAGACAGUCUUCUACAUGAUUCAACGGCGUGGUAAGCUUCGGACGUUAAUGCCAGGUUACACAUGCUCUCAUCACCUUUGUAUCGCACAGUGAGCCUCUAAUUGAAUAUAUCUUUCGCCAGUUUUAAGCAAUGUAAAGGAAAAAACGGUGACAUUUCUUUACUUCAGAUACGAAAGCUACAGUCGCCCCACCAUCCACCCCUUCUUGACUAUUUGCAUCCUAAAAAAUCUACCAGAAUCACCUCCACGAGGAGGAUUUGUCGUAUCAUCAGUUUUGCCUAUGGUUUAAAUCUGCCGCUCGUAUGAUAAUCGGAAAUUUUGAAAAAUCCCGCGUGUAUUUUAAAGCUGCCAUAUACGGUCAUUGUUAAUCGUUAAACAAAGCCUGCUCAACUUUCAGCUGAUCCGCUUUUCUUGAUACGAACGAGAAUAGAAACACAUCAGAUGCUUAGUCAGUCAAUUAACAAGCUAGGAAAAGUAAUUUCAAAUUUCCUCUCCCAAACCAAAUUAGGAACGUUCUUCCCAAUUAAGCCUCAACCAAAAAUUUUAAACAGGAAUAAAAAUGAACAACACAAACAGAAAAAAAUCCGUCAACUGAUAAACAUAUUUCAAACCAGUUCUUGUAUGCUGCAGUGAAGGAUGUAUUUCGCCAUCCAAUCAUACACACGCGAAAUGUAGACAACACUUGUGUUGACUGAUUAGACAUUUUGUUUUCAUAGGUCUUCGAAUUUUUAAUGCCCUCACAAAAUCAACGGAUUUAUUAAAGGCGAGGGCCUUGAGCCACAAGAGUCAAUCGGUUGACAUAUACUCCAACAGCUGGGGGCCUGGGAACAUUGGUUGGGAAGUAGAGGGUCCUGGACCUCACCUAACAAAUGUUUUAGAGGAUGGAACCAAAAAGGUAAGUUACCUAUAUAAAAAUUCCCUUUUUUAUUUCUUAUUUUCUGAAAAUGCAUAAUUAUAUAAUUAUAGAGACAAAAGUUACAAAGUUUAAAAUAGCUCAUUGAGGGGAGCGCGGGUGUGGGGAGCUUAUAUACUUUUAGGUGACUGUUCAGCUCCUCAAAAGUAUAUUUCGCAACUUUGCAAAACCUAAUUAACAUUCCGAAAAGGUGAUUAUCCCUAGGAGUGAACUUGGAGAAAAUAGGGUAAAUUCUUCAGUCACAAGUACCCAAAGCAGCCACCACUGUCUUUUUCUUAACACGCACAGAAUGGUAAAUGUCUCAGACAUUUUCUUUACAAUUCACCUGUCUAAACUUAGUUGUAAAUUCCAUGAUGCCAAAAAAAUUCUUUUAAAAUUACAGACUGUUCAGUGUUAUACUUUGUUAAAAUUUAGGGUCGCAGUGGCAAAGGGUCCAUAUUUGUCUUCGCGGCAGGAAAUGGAGGCAGUUCAGGUGACAGCUGUGCUUUCAACGGUUACGUAAACAACAUUCACACAAUCGCCAUCUCUGGGGUGAACUGGGACGGAGCGGUACCAGGUUACACUGAGAAGUGCGCAGCCAUCAUGGCCGUCACUUAUGGAAAGGACACGUAUUCUUACAGAACAGAUAAAGGAGUCAAACCUCCAUUGGUGAGUUAUCACAGAGGUUUCGAGUUCUUGAAAACCUGAUGAGCUGAAUUAUGCUGAUCUUAUUUUCACUGCGUGUUCAUUCCUGAAAAGAUCAUUCUCAUCUUCUUAUAUUAGUCUGUAGUUUAAUUAUAUGAAACUUCUACAUAUUCACAGUCGUUCAAAAUCUUCUCUUUGUCAUUUUUAAUGCUUCAGAGAGAUAAUUCUCUGGUUGCAUGAUUUAAUUCACAGAUUACAACCAAGGGAGCGAGAGGUUGCACGGAGAGCUUUACAGGCACUUCCGGCACCGCCGCGAUUGCUUCUGGGAUCAUUGCUUUGGCUCUAGAAGCAAAGUAAGAAAUAUACCUUCCUACUCUCUACCAACAAGCCUUUUUCUAACUCAAAAUUAUAUUGUUAUCAUAUUUUCCUUUUGUUCAUUUAUUUUUUAAUUGCUAGGAUUAAUCGAUUGUUUAAUAAACACUCUAAUGUGCUGUGAAAACCCACCCUUGUAAACUACCAAGGUAAUUUGUUAUUAUGAACUUAGUUAAUUAAAAUAAAUUGGCCACCGUUAAGAGUUUCAAAACUGACGUUUCGAGCGUUAGCCCUUUGGAGAGUUGUGUGUGUGUUCGUAUGCAAAAAAUGGAACUAUGCUAUUGGUGGGAACAUGGUAACGAGAAAAAACAAGAAUAUAUUCGUUGAAUGAAAAGCGCUCGUUGAUACCGUGGGGAUUUAGAGUGCCUAUUUAAAAGAUAAAUUUUUGUUCUAGAGUUUUUCGGCUUUCCUGACUGCCCAGCUGAGGGGAAAGGCCGAAAACUACCAUAUGCUUCUUAAAAUGGCGAGGGAGACUAUAGUGUUUAGCGACUGGUUUGAAUGUGUCCUUGUUAUUUCUUUCUACGUCGCGAAGGUGUUUUCGGGUCACCUGGUCGUCUUCCUGUUUCAUGCAAUAGAUGACAUUGGCAGAAGUGCGAUGUAUUAAGUAAUCUUAAUGGAUCUCUUGGGUCCCCGGCGACAUUUUCUCAACGUUAUGAAUGAGAGGACAGGUUUUACAUCGUGCGCGAGAGCAUUUGAUAGUUCCAGGUUGGUCAUUAGGUUGUUAUCAACUUCUGACUAAAAAGUUGUCUCUGUUUUUGUCGCGUCUGAAUGAAAUUAGUAGCAAAAACAUAGCGCUAGCCUCUAAAUCAAGAAUGACAGCUUUCACUUCGUAGUUGUGAGGGUGAAAUGUGAGAGUGAACGGAGUGUGAUCAAUAUUUUUCUUCUCAGUCGUUUGUAGUGCUGACUGUCGAUCAACUUGUUGGGCGCAGUGGUGGCCCACUUGAAAAACAGAAACUAGAUAGCCACGUUUAUCGAAAAACUAGCACGUUGCCUCUGAUUUGUCAGAGUCGUGUUUUUUCCUGGCGUAGCACCUCGGUAGCUUUCUUUAGGCUUGGCAUGGUCCGCUGUUCUGAAAUCUGUGGAUUGAUACACACCACCCACAAUUCCUCCAUUCGCUCUGACGAAGGGCUAACGCUACAAACGUUAGCUUUGAAACUCUUCUUCACACGGUGGCCAAUUUUCGUCGUCAACUACGUUGAUUAUAUACCAAACCACCCUGUUAUACUCCUCAACCGACGCAACACCACAUUUUCUUCAGAAACUUGCCCAAUUUAUUCACUUGUAAAGUACCGUUUUAUUAAAUUGGCUUGCCUCUAGGGGAAAUUGUGACAAAACAGUGCCAACUAACCAAAUAAUAAAUUAUUACUUUUGCAAAACUGAAUGACUCUAAUACACUUCCCUUCCUCGUUUAGUCCACGUCUCACGUGGCGGGAUGUUCAGCAUUUGAUAGUCAGAAGUUCACAGCCUCUAGAUCCACCCCUAGUGGGUCGCUAUGCAUUACGCUGGCGUCCCAGACCUACCUGGCGAAUCAACAGGGCCAAUGUCUCAGGUAUAUGUCAGUUGAAACUACUUUUUACGCCCAGCAUCAUCAAUAUAUAAUGCACGUAGCUUGAGUUUUAUUUUGUGGAUUGGACAUUUUUCAUAUCUUUGGGGAACGAAUUUGAUUCGUACAUGACAAACUUGUAGAAAGCCCGAAAAUAUAAGAGAAAAUUUGAAAGAAACAGUUCUCUCUCAUGACCUUAAAUGGGUAAACAAUGAACGUAUAAGGUAAAGAGGACUAUUGCCACCUGGUUCGCAGGUAAAGAGUCUUUGUUUGUGUGAAAGUAGUGCAUUGUUGCUCCCCUUUUUUGAGGAAUUGAUUUCGCGGGAUUACCCUUCCCGCGACCAGAAUGAAAGAUAAUCCAUGACAAUGAAAACCCGCAAAAUUUUCAUGUUGCGUCGAGCCCAAAUGAUUCUACAGGUAACUUUUGGGCAACCUAAGUGGCGAUGAAGGAGUUUUGCACUCGUGCAAGUGGGCUUGUUUAUAUAGGCAAGUCUGUUCAAGUCCUUUGGACUCGGUUUUCGCAUAACAUUGCCACAGUAAACUGUUCUUACUCUUUCCUUGGAUUUUUUGAAACCACGAAGAAUUUUCUUUUUCAUUUUAGUCAGCAAAUAUUAUGGGUUUGGACUGAUGAAUGCCAGAUUGAUGACUACAUAUGCAGAGUAUUGGGUUUCUGUUCCGGAGCAACUGUCUUGUGAAAUUAAACACACAAUCAAUGAGUAGGUAGCUGUGUCCCAUCGUUUGAACGUUAUUUUUGAUGUUAAAUUAUAUUACUUGAUACUGCACGCAAGUCAAUUGAUGAGAAAGAGUCAGGUAGUUUAUUAGUUGAAGUUAGAGUUGGGUGAAUGAUCCACAUGUAUCGAUCCUCUGCCUGUUGGUGUUUGGAACUUUAUAAAGGGAAACCAUACAGAUUCCAUCCUGUUUUGUUAAAUCAACACAGAGGACCUAACAAAGAGUUGUGCCAUUAAUCUCUAAUGAUUGAAGGGAAUCUUUGUACACUAAUUUUCGUGCUCAAACCUUUUUAAGGUCUGCACCAACUUUGAUUCCUUCAACUGGAGAUUUAAACCUAACCUUCACCGCAAACAAACACAAUUGUGGCAUCCGAUUCCUGGAGCACGUUCAAGUAAAAAUGGAUCUCAUUUUUCCUGGUCGAGGUCACUUGGAGAUGACUUCAAAAUCACCGAGUGGAACAAACUCCCAACUCCUUUAUUCACGACUUUUUGAUACUUUUAGCAAUGAAAACAACUUGACAAACUGGAAUGUCACUAGUUUACACUACUGGGGAGAGAAUCCUGCUGGAGACUGGAAUAUAACGAUACGAAGUACACAACAACGUAAGACUGGAAGAAAAGGUAAUACAAGAUUGAUUUUUCAUUAAGAAUGUAAAUGGAAAGCAGGGGUGCGAAGGAAAGGUUGUUGGUACAAGCAAAGCGAGGAUAACACGUUUUUCAAUCUGAGAGAAAUUCAUGAUAUUUCUCCCUGAUUAACGUGUAAAUGCUUUGGAGUUUACUCACCACAAUGACUUUGCAAGCAUUUGUUUCCCAGUUUUGUCGUCUGCCUCUAACCUUGGCCAUUAUUUCUGAGCUCUCAUUACGGACCUAUCAUUCAUUGUUCCCCUGGGUGGUGAGCGCUCAAAAGUAAUGGUUAAGGUUUGCAGUUUCUGUUUUGUAUUAUUCAAUGCGAGACUUAGAAAACAAAUUAUGCAAUGGCGUUGUCUUCUGUUGAUCAGUUUCACACUUACUACAGUGGUAAGAGCCGCCAAAAAGUAUGUUUUUACCUUUCAGUGCAGCUCCUUGAUACCGAGUGAGAAAGAUGCACUUUGAAAUAAUCAGGAUGUAUCAUCAGGUCGCGGGAUAAGAUCUUAGGAAAAACAAACAAACUCAUAAACUACACAUUAACUGACUUGAGCCACCGCACCUUGAUGGAACGAGACACAGUUUUUCCUUCCUGGCUUAAUAUUGUCCUUGGUUUAUUCAAAUCUGAGUUCUUGUUCCCCUCUUGCACUGAACCUUUUACAUAAGGAGCAGAAUUCCACCCCCACCCCACCCUUCUUCAUUUAACUACUUGCUUAGUUGUUUAUUUAUUUAUACAUUCUUUCAGGAAACAGUUAUUGUUAUUUGUGGCCUUAAAGAGGGGAGAGUCAAUUAACUGCUAAUGGGAAGCGGGGCUCACAUGAAUCUAUGAAUAUUACAUAGUCUUAUGGGGGAAUCAGGUGAAUUUAUCGCCACACAGCCAAAAUCCUCCCCCCCCCUCCCCGCCAGGCAAUAAAUGUUUACUGGUGUUAAUUAAUCAACAGGACGCAUGUUUUCGUUGACGUUAUUCCUGUUUGGAACCAAAGACGACCCUCUCGCAGAUAACGGUCAUGUUGAUAGAAAUAUAAAGAGAGUUAAAACAGUUGAUAUCGAAGAACGAAGAAGAGGUACGUAUCGUCAUUAAAUGUCCUUUGCAUCUGAUCAGAUACGUACCUCCUAUUUUAGAGUCAUUUGAGCCGCCCUAGGAUUAAACGAGAGAGCACGAGGUCCUGUCUUGGUCUAAAACACCAUUUGAAUGGACUACACGUGAUUUCUAGUGAAAUGUGGGAGAAGAAGAUACAACUGAAUUAAGUAGUCAGGCUGGCAAACUUUGAAAAAUAAUCAUAUUCCCUCACAUACCUUUGUUCCGGGCCUGCAAUUAUUUCACCGCAUGCUCGACUUUUACAAUAUGACUCUUGUAAAUUUUGAAACAAAAGCUGAACUUUCACAGGUACAGGCCUACAACAAGACCAAAAGCUAACUACGCGCCUGUCCGAGUUUAGUGGCUCAUAGCCAAUUCAAAUUUUCUUUUAACAAGCCACUUUCCGUUGCAAUUGAUCAAUAUUUUUUUUGUACCAUUUCCUGUUUCAUAGGAAUGGGUAAAUAUAGAAAAAUAAGAGUUUAUAAUCCCUUGAUAAAUGCUAUUAGAGUAAGAUCUUCUUUAGGAAUGACGAACAUAGUUUCAUGAUAAUCUCGAACUGAAGUGAUAUCAAUAUAAUCGCAAGCUCUCUUUCUUACCGCCUGAGACUUAUACCUUCCAGCAUUUUUGCUUGAAGAAUCCUUCGUUUUUAAGUUUCAAACCUGUAGAAAUUGGGAGUAAAUUUUUUGUAUUUCGGUGCAUUUUGACAAGUUGCUGUCAACCUUAAUACUUUCUUGCACUUACGUAACUUUUUUUCAUUGUAUUUGGGUGUAUUUAACACAACCGCCGUCAAUCAGCAAACGAAAAUUGUUGGUAUUAUCUAUUUUAUGAGCAUUAGUAUAUUCGGGUGAGCUGUAGGCCCAUCUUACGAUAGCCUCGUUUCAUACCUUUUCAGAUGCAUAUUCGUACACAGUUUGCUAUCUGAGGCUAUUCAUUCCUGUAAGGGAAAAGCCGUCACAAAACUUUGUUGUCUUCAUCAGUACGAAAAAGGUUCCCUAUCAUUAGCGCUCGCGCCCACAAAUGCGACGCAAGUUUUCCCUCAACGUUUGGUGACUCCAUAAUUCAUUAAUAAAAUCAGUUCCAACCUGGUCUUCUCAGCCUGUACUUUCUGCCACUGAUAGCUUUGUGUUCAUAAAUUCUAAUUUCAGAUAUUCCAGUUCACGGGGGCUGGCAACAGUGGAAUUCCUGGUCCUCCUGUGACAAACGUUGUGGGGGAGGGGAGCAGACGCGAUCUCGGACGUGCAGCAAUCCCUCACCGGCAAAUGGUGGGAGAGGUUGUGACGGAACUGAGAGAGAUUCACAGCGAUGUAACACACGUCAUUGCCCAGGUAAAUAUUUCAUGCAAUAUCAAAACGAAGCCUGCGUGAGAGAAAUAUCUACAUAACACUCGUAACAAAAAAAAGUAUACGGUACUGGUAGAAGUGGGGAAGAUCUUCAUUUAAAAACGUCAUUAAAAGGAGGGGUCAAACCAGGAGAAAACAUCUACGACAAGGAGUAAAAACUAGUUAGUACGAUGCGGGUUUAAAUCAUUUAUCUCAAAAAGUUGGAUUGUUCACAUUUGGAUGCUAGGGCUAACAAGUUGGUAACUUCUGUCUGAUGUUAUCCAUGAACUCUAUAAAACCAAAAUGAAACCUGACUUGUAUGUUAAUUGAAUUUGAAACGAGAUGUAGAUGUAACUUUGCUAGUCUUUUCGAUAUUUCCUAUUCUGUUUUUCUAGAAGUUUAUGUUUGUUAAUGGCCCUAGAAAUAUAUUUGCGCUUACGACGGAGAAAGGAAACGUUUUUAAUUUCCAAUCUAUAUUCUUGUUGUUCAACGUGCACCUUUCUAUAGAAUGCAAUCCAGUCCUACUUAGGUCCAAACACCAUGAUGAUUUAUAAAAUAAUUGACAUAGUACGCGCUCUCAAUGGUCAACUGGCCAGUUUAGAUGAGAGUAUAGAAACGCAUUUGUGACUUCACAAUUUUUCUGUUUGCUGUCACAAUUUGAAAACUUUAUCCUAUCAAAGCUUUCGCAAUACUGGCAAAGUAAUUCCAAGUACAUUUAACAAAUAUUAGAGAUAGAGAAAAAUUUGUCUAACCUUCAUCUGAGGUGGCCCGAUGCGCAAUUUGCAUUUUUGCAGGGAAAUUUUUGCAUUUACUAAAUGUACUACAAUAAAAUACCCUUCAAGUACUUUUUAUCAUGUUAUUAUAAAAUGUUCGCAAAAACGCACGCUGCAGUAUGUGCCACAGUGUCAAGGGGGCUGAAAACAAACAGGGGAAGGACAUUUAUUUAUACAAAUUAAUGCUCUUACAGAGAAAGCCUGAGGCCCACUGAUUGUGUGAAACCGUGUUUUGGGUUAGACCUCGCGUAAAUAAGCGGCCCUAAGUGUUUUGCGUUCAGUCUUAAGAAUCAAACAGAUUGAAAACAUUAGAUCGGUAUGUAUACCAUCGCUAACUCAGGGAAGGAAAGACUUGCGUCAUCUACGAAAUGGAGCCAACUGGAAGCUGAUCACUACAAGCUCAGUAGUGUUCUUAGCUGUGAGGAUCUCUUACAUUCGUUUCUUCACCGCAGUGCAUAUAUACGAUUUUCAUAUAUCUACAUUCAUUAUUCAUCACUUGGAUGGUUUAUUUAGACCCAACUUGCAAUGAAACUUGCAAUGUUGAUUCUUUGGUGACCAAACGUCACGUACGACAGAUAAUCAAUUGUUAGAAAGAAACUGUUUUCCUUUUUUUAGAGAAUAAAGGAUACACUCCAUGGUCCCCCUGGUCAAAGUGUAAAGCUACGUGUGGUGAAGGAACUCAAUUUCGCAAACGUUUUCGCACCAACACACCACGAGAAAGUGGAGGAACAUCUUGCAAAGGAAUUAAUGAAGAGACCCAGAGCCAAAAAUGUAGCGUGAUGCAGAGCUCUCCACCAGGUAUUUGCGUAUUUGAUCCCUAAAUAAAAAACAGUUUUCGACUUCAAACUUUGCGACAUUUACUUUGGAUUGAAUAAUUGAUUACGUAACACUUUAAAAAUAAGAUUGUGACUGCAACCUUAUUCAAGUCGUGCAGAGGUCUCUGACAAAUUCCGACAAAGAAAACUAGUUUCUCGUCAAGCUUCCACGCUCUAUCCACCGAUCAGGCAUCAAUUUAAGCCCGGAUGAAAUCAGAAUAAACAAUUGUUCACAUGAGCCUUUGAAACAAAUGUACAAAUAGUGCACAUCCUAACGUUCAUUGAAAUCUUCUUUCAGUUUGCAAGAACGAGGGACCAGAUGAUUUCUGCGACGAGAGCGUGUCCCGAUCCCUUUGC